GACUCUUUUCUGGUGGAUAUUUUAAAGGCGUUUAACGUCUGCUUAGCUCAGCUGACUCCUUUGGCCAUCCGCAACAUCAUUGCGUACAUCUGGGUGGUACGCUUUCUCGACUUUCCCAAGACUCUGAAUCUGUUUCGCCAUCUUCAUUGGCUGAAGAAGAACGGGUCUUCCCGUUUGGCUGGAUGGUGGUCUAUCAUGACGAUCGACAAGAAGAUGACGGUCCAGCCUAAAAUGACCAGUUUGAAAGGCUGGCAAGAUGCCUUCUUCUGGGUACGGGUGCCAGAUGACUUCCCUGUACGCCGUCAUUUUACAGAGCCUGCCCCUCAUAUGGAGCUCCUGCCUCUGGAGCCGCUAACUAAGGAAGAGUUAGCGGCAUACGAUUAUUUUGCAUCAGCUGAUUAUGAUACCACCUAUGAUGACGGGAAAGUUGUUAGGUCUAAAGAGCCUUCAACCUGGCUUCCCCACACGAAGCACAUCUUGGGAGAUAGGCCUUUGUCGGCUCUCCUACUAUCCCCGGCUCAUGAAAACGGUAAGUGGUGUUAUCGGAUUGGUCCGUCUGACGACUGUGUUAUUUACUUAAUAUAUAUAUAUAUACUCUCCCCCUUUUUUUUUUUUUUUUUUAAUCCUCUUGGUUCAUUUGCUUUGCAGGCCUUGAUUACCUUGACCUUGACGCUCUCGGUGUUGACAGUGAUCACAGGCCGUUAACAUAUUUGCCUGCUCCUCCUCCCAACGAAUAUUUAACCAUGCACAACUCCACCAACGGCCGCAGGGGAGGGAACCGCCAUGGUCCUCAGAACCUCCGGAGGAGGGGUCGCGGCGCAUCUACUAGCGUUCGCGUCCCAAUUGUUGCGGCUACUUCUAAUGCCCCUCCAUCCCCUACUGCUCCUUUGCAGUCCUCUACUACUCGGACCGUUAACAGAGGUGCCAUAAACAGAAGGUGCGCCCGAGAGCAGACUAUUGACGACUCUGCCGCCAAUAAAAGGCAGGCAGUUGAAGAGCCUGGCACCUCUGUUGCUAAUGAGGUGGUGCAGGUGGAGGAUCUGGACCCAAAUGUCUCUGAGGGUGUUCAAGGAGAGGACGCCCUUGAUGCUGGCCUUGGUAAUACUGGCGGCGCUUCCUUGCUUUCUCGGUCCACCUCUUCUCUUCGGGAGAAGCUGAGGGAGUUGAUCGCUACUCCCAGCUUCCUCUCGAAUCUCUCUCCUGGUAUCUUUUAUCGAUUCCGGGAGUGGAUCGAGAAGAAGGACGUGCCGCUAAGUGACGCGGUGGCCUCUGCUUUUGCUCCCCAGGUCGUCACUUCUGGCAAGGUUUACCAGCCCAACUGGGACGUCCGGGAAGACGAGUCGCUGUACUCUGACAUCCCUGAAAACGGUGGCAUCCUUGUCUAUCGUAUUCUAAAGGGCAUGCAAUUGCCCCUGGACCGUCCCUCGGGCUCCUUGAAGACUCCAGCUGCGAGGUUGGCGCAUGACCAACUAGUGGCCAAAAAUGCUGCUAUCGAGCUGAUAGAGCAGUAUUUGGAGUACCAGAGGCUGACGGACACCUACAAGGCUUCCUUGGAGACUUGCCAGGGGCUUCUGAAGGAGGCGGAGAGUAAGGUGGCGCCCCUAGAGGAUGAGGUGAUGACUCUAAGGGAUAGAGCGGCCUUGCUGGAGGAAGCGGAAGAUAACGUCAAGGCCUUAACUAAGGCGGUGGAAACUGCCAUUUAUGAGAAGGAAAUGGCGGUCUUGGACGCUUCUGCUGCUGAAGCGCGUGGUACCGCGAAGGCGGUCGCUGAGUUCAAAGGCUCUGACGACUACGUUGCGGAGCUCCACAAAAGGUAUGAUGGUGGCUGGGCAGCUGCCAUAAGAUGUGUCUGCAAAACCGUUCCUGGUUUCGACUGGAACGUGAUUGAAGACGCUUAUGCUGCCGGUCAGCAUCUUUCGCCUUUUGAGGGGGAUCCGAACUUCGCGGACGAGGAUGCCAUUGCUGACGUGGACCCUCGCGACUCUGAAGCUCCCCCUUCUUGAAAUUUUUGGCGGCCAUCUCUUAGCUCCUCCUGUUCUUCAAAUAGCCUUUAAUUUCUUACAUCCUAUCUUGUAAUACUUUUUGGAUUUAUGGCAUUGUAAUUUGCCCUUUGUUGGCGUUCUUUGACAAUUGUUACAUUUAAUUUUGCUAAGUACUUUUUACCUUGACUAAAAGCCUUUUUCACAAUGGCCGCCACGAUAUAUUUUUUUGUAGUUGGCCGCCAAGCCAGUAGCUUUUAUUCUAUGGAAAGUACUCUUUGUUCAUUUUUGAUUGUGCGCUUUGCUAUCGUUUGUAUGCUUGUACGAUUUGUCGUAUCUUCUGCUUUUACUCUUCCCUUUUAUUCGCGCUUAUAAUGUCCGUUAUGAGGCACGUACUCAACCAAUUGUAUGUCUUCAAUUUAUGUGCAAGGACUGCAUAUGACUGCUAACGCAUUCAGCCUGUUGCAUGGCUGUUUUAUAUGCUAGGUUUGUCAUAUGACUGUUAAUGCACUUAGCCUGUUAUAUGGCUUUUGAUUUAUGUGCUAGGUCUGUCAUAUGACCGUUAACGCACUUAGCCUGUUAUAUGGCUUUUGAUUUAUGUGCUAGGUCUGUUAUAUGACCGUUAAUACACUUAGCCUGUUAUAUGACUUUUGAUUUAUGUGCUAGGUCUGUUAUAUGACCGUUAAUGCACUUAGCCUGUUAUAUGGCUUUUGAUUUAUGUGCUAGGUCUGUCAUAUGACCGUUAAUGCACUUAACCUGUCAAGAUAACGCGAAUGCUUUUAUUAUUUUUUUUAUAUAUAUACGGACGCUAACAAAAAUAGGGUUCAAUAGGAGACAAGAGAAUUUAUCAGAACGCUAGUGUAGGUCAUAUUAUUUAUGUAAUUCAAUCAAAGGCUCUUGGCCCAUUACAAUCAUUGCCUACACAUAAUAUUUUUUGAGAACAUCAGCAUUCCAGCAAUUCUUAAGUUCUUUCCCGUCCAUAUCUUUAAGGAUAAAAGAACCGGGGCUUAUCUUUUGAGUGAUGACAUACGGGCCUUCCCAGUUUGCAGUUAGCUUCCCUUCAGCAUGUGCUUUCCCGGUGGAAGCUGUUCUUCUGAGGACGAGAUCAUUGACAUCCAGUGGCCUUUCCCAGACUUUCUUGUUGUAGGCUUUACUGAUUCUGUCUUUGUAAGCAGCCGUUUUCAAUUCUGCCAUGAGCCUUAUUUCGGGCAGGAAAUCCAGACUUUCCCUGAGAGCUUGUUCGUUUGCGUCCAGAUUCUGAUAUUUCACUCGGUACGAGGGCAGACCCACCUCGACCUGCAACACUGCUUCUGCUCCAAAAGCAAGUUUAAAAGGAUUUUCUCCUGUCGCCUCUUUUUCUGUUGUUCUGUUUGACCAAAGAAUGGCAGGCACCAUAUCUGCCCAUUUUCCCUUGAACUCAUCCAGCUUCUUUUUGAGGGCGUUCAGAAUUUGCUUGUUCGCGGCCUCUGCUUGGCCAUUGCUUUGGGGGUGACACACAGCUGAAUACGCGAACUUGACCCUAUGUUCUGCCAAGAAAGCUUGUAUUGGACGACAAUCGAACUGAACGCCAUGGUCGAAAACAAUAGCCAUAGGGAUCCCAAACCUUGUCAUUAUAUUCUGCCAAAUGAACCUCUUGACUUGGUGGGCUUUAAUUUGAGUUGUCGGCUCUGCUUCUAUCCACUUUGUGAAGUAGUCUAUGCCCACUAUUAAGAACUUCCUCCCUCCAGUUGAUUUUGUAAACGGUCCUAGGAUAUCCAUCCCCCACAGCGCAAACGGGAUGGGACACAAUAUGGGCUGUAAAUCAUUAGCUGGUCUAUUGAUGACGGGAGCAUACCUUUGGCAUUUAUCACAUUUCUUUACGUAACUAUGAGCAUCCGCUAGCAUAGUUGGCCAAUAAAACCCAGCCCUUAGCGCCUUCAAUGCUAGAGCUUUUCCGCCAAUAUGAUUUCCACAUAUGCCCUCAUGUAAUUCUUCAAGUAUUUUCUUCGACUCCCAUGCUGUUGCGCAUUUUAGUAGAGGCAGACUGAAUGACUUUUUGUACAACUCAUCCCGAUAUAUGAUGUACCAGUUGGCUUGUCGUCUCAAUUUCUUUGCGGCGAAGGGGUUAUUCGGGAGUGCCCCUAUCAGCUUGUACGCUACCAAUUCACUGAACCACUCUCCCUGCUGAUUUACCGUGUUGACGGUCACAAUUUUCUCUGAAAUGCUCUUUUCUUUUUGCAUAUCUAUAGUGAUUGUUCUUUCAACGUUAAAUGAAUUGGAGCUGUCAAGCUUACAAAGAGCAUCUGCUUUUGUGUUUUCUGCUCGCGGUAUGGCUUGCACUUCGAAAUGUCGAAGCUGAGCUAUCAGCUCUUUAGCCUUCUCCACGUACUUCAUCAUGUUUGUCCCUCUGACCUCAAAAUCCCCUUUCAGCUGGCCGCUAACCAACUG